UUAUUAUUUUAUUAAAUUUCACUUUAUGUUCUCUUUCUCCUCUACUUUCUGGUUGGAUCUUUGUUGGCAUUUCUGAAGAUAAUCUAAUUUUUCUGAUUAAAAUGCCUUCACUCUUUGUGAAUUGUGUAUGGUCAUUGGUCAGAGAAGCCUGAAUCUGUUGUGAGUUUCUUCCCCUUUGGUGUUUCUGGGUUGAAGACGAAUGGCACAACGUUCAUCUGUGCCAAAGUUUGGAAAUUGGGAAAGUGAAGAAAAUGUCCCUUACACGGCUUAUUUUGAAAAGGCAAGGAAGGAUAAAGGUGGCAGAAAGAUGGACCCAAAUGACUCUCAAAGUGACUCUGAUAUGCUCUCUAAGAGUACACAUCCAGUUCAAGCCCCUCCCUUUCAAACAGAAGUGAAGCCAGAAGCACCAAAAGGUUCUGAAGCAGUAAGGUCAAGGCAUGAGCGUCGAAUCAGCCGAGAAGAUGUUGAACUAAGGAGGCUAACUGAAUCUCCAUUGCAUCAUGACCAUAUGGGCCGGAGGCCUGUCAAUGACUUGUCUCAUCAAAGUCAAGGGGGUGUUAGAUAUGGAAGCAGUAAGACUGAAACAGAAGGACCAAAGGUCUCUGAAGCAUUAAGGCCGAAUCAUGAACGAAGAUCAAGCAAGGAAGAUGGUGAUGUGAGGAUUCCCAUCGAUCCUGUGUUGCACCAUGAUGCUGCUGGCCGGGGAGCAUCUGCUGACUGGCCUCACCAACGUCAUGGUAGGGUAGGCUCAGGUGAUAACCCCAAAAAGGUUGUGCGGCAGGGUGCUGGAUCUGAUCGCAGCGUCGAACACUCGCCACUACAUCCACACCACCAGGCGAGGGUUGGAGGCAAAGGCAGUGGAGUGUCCUCUCCUUCAUGGGAGAGAAAGGGUUCAUCUGAAGGGAGCAGCCAUGGCUUAGGUUCCUCUACUCCUGGAAGGUCCCGACUGAGAUCAGGUGCUCGUGGUGAUGAAACGCCUGAUCACAAUGCGGCUGUUCCGAAAUUUGGCGAUUGGGAUGAGACCAAUCCAGCUUCUGCCGACGGGUACACUCAUAUUUUCAACAAAGUGCGGGAGGAGAGGCAAAGUGGAACAGGGAAGGUACCAAUCAUGUCGACAGACACUUAUUAUCCCAAUGGUCAGAAGCAUGGUCCUAAUCGUGGUUCCAAGAAGAGCUGCUGCUUUCCAUGGGGUCGAAAAUGAAAUUUUUUACAUGUGGAUGAACAGAAAGUGUCUGAGGUUCAUAGAAGAAGAGGUGGAUUUACUAUCCUUGGUAGGCAUAUCACCGUCCUUGGUAGCCGUUGUAAAGAAGAGGAAUAGGUUGCAAAAGUAUAAACGCAGCAAAGCAAAGCAAGUCGCCGGAAGCCGACGGAGUCACCUGAAAAGAUGCUGGAAGUCGCCAGAAAAGUCAACGAAGUCACCAGGAGAGUUGCCGGAAAGGUUGUUGGAAGUCGCUAGAAAAAGGGCACUGGAAGCCGUCGAAGUCAUCGGGAAAGUCGCUGGAAAAGUUGUUGAAGUCGUCUAAAAAGCUGUCGGAAGGCACUGGGAAAGUCGUUGGAAGUCGGUGGAAAAGGGCGCCGAAAGUUGCUAGAAAAGUCGACGGAGUCACUGAGAAAAUAGUAGAUUGAGUUUUCUAAUGUACAAGAUCCACUAAAAGGGGCAAGUACAGAGCAUGCGACUCAACCUACUACUAAUAAAGCUUUCUAAUACACAAGCUCCACAUACGUGACGAGUGCAGAGCAUACUGCUCAAUUGAGAAUCCGGACCUUAAACAAGGAACCCAACCUUGCUAUGAUACCAAGAAGAAAGUAAAAGAGAGAGAAUUAUACAAGAGGAAGUGAAUAUUACUUGGUAUACUUAACUUACAACUUUAAGAUGUAUAUAUAACUAUAUAAAAGAGUAAGGUUAUCCUAACAUUCCAAUGUGGGACUAAAAA